AUGAAGAAUUCGAUGCUGGAGGUGGUGUCCCUGCUGCUGGAGAAGUUGCUCCUCAUCUCCAACUUAAGGCUCUUCAGUUCGAGCGCUCUGGGUGAAGACAAAGGGAGGAACAGUUUUUAUGAGGUCAACUCUUUCCUUCGCGGCGACGUGCUGGAGGUGCCCCGGACCCACCUGACUCACUAUGGUAUCUACCUGGGUGACAACCGUGUCGCCCACCUAAUGCCUGACAUCUUGUUGGUGCUGACCAACGACAAGGGACGCACUCAGAAGGUGGUCUCCAACAAGCGUCUCCUCCUGGGCGUCAUCGUCAAGGUGGCCAGCGUCCGCGUGGACACAGUAGAGGACUUCGCCUAUGGAGCCAACAUCCUCGUCAAUCAUCUGGAUGAGUCCCUCAAGAAGAAGGCGCUGCUCAAUGAGGAGGUGGCCGAGAGAGCUGAGAAGCUGCUGGGCCUUACCUCCUAUAGUCUACUAUGGAACAACUGCGAGCACUUUGUGACCUACUGUAGAUACGGCACCCCGCUCAGCCCCCAGGCGGAAAAGUUUUGUGAGAUUGUGAAGAUUAUCAUUCGUGAUCAGAGAAGUGUCCUUGCUUCUGCACUCUUGGGACUGGCAUCCAUUGUCUGCAUGGGUCUGAUGUCAUACGCCACCCUUCCUGCGAUUUUCAUCCCAUUCUUCUUAUGGAUGGCUGGCUAG